UGUGUGUGUGGUUGUGUGUGUGUGGUUGUGUACGUACACUGUGUGUGUGUGUGUGUGGUUGUGUGUGUGUACGUACGCUGCGUGUGUGUGGUGUGUGUGGUUGUGUGUGUGUGGUUGUGUACGUACGCUGCGUGUGUGCGUGAGAGAGACAGAGAGAGCGAGCUUGCUAGCCGGGGCUGUGUGCUGAGCGUAGCGGCUGCUGUAACAAUAGCCGCAACAACAGCAGCAGCAGCGAUGGCGGUUCAUUGUCUUGCCCAUCGCUGCCUCGGUUGCUUGCUGCUCAUUUGCGUGGCUUACAACGCCGACUGCCAAGUCGCUGACGAGGGAUUCUCAACAAUCGCGCCCAAGAAGAAGGAACCCGUGACAUCCGAGACGGUGGUGUUCUGGGGCAUGCGGCUCUGGCAGGUCGUGGGCAUCUUCUCCAUCGGAGUCUUGGCUGUCAUCAUCACCCUGUGCUGCAUCUUCAAGUGCCGCAUCCCGCGCACCAAGAAGGAGAUCGAGGCGCGCUACCACCAGCGGCAGGCGGCGAAGAAAUACGCAAACAACCUGGAGAAGGUGCCUCCUCUCAGCGCCCUCACGGAGACCCCCGAGAUUGCCCCUCUGCAGACCAUCUCUGGCCAGCCGUGCGUACAACCACGCGGAGGAGGCCACGUGCUUCCUGCCCUCCCAGAGGAAGAAGAGACGAUGAUUGCCUAGAGCCGGACGGAGCCUCCAAACACUCUCAUCCCGAUCCGCGGGCGCACCGUCAACCCCUCCACGUUCUGGUCGCCGACCGAAAAGCACCCAACGCAAAUUGAAACUGUGCCGUAAGGGAGCCCAAUUGGCACGGUUGGCUAUGUACGGCGUAAAAGAAGUUCAACGCACGUACACACACCGCACACCUCCGAUUGGCACAGUUGGUUAUGUACGGUGUAAAAGAAGUUCAAUGCACGUACACACACCGCACACCUCCGAUUGGCACGGUUGGUUAUGUACGGUGUAAAAGAAGUUCAACACACGUACACACACCGCACACCUCCGAUUGGCACAGUUGGUUAUGUACGGUGUAAAAGAAGUUCAACGCACGUACACACACCGCACACCUCCGAUUGGCACAGUUGGCUACGUACGGUGUAAAAGAAGUUCAACGCACGUACACACACCGCACACCUCCGAUUGGCACAGUUGGCUACGUACGGUGUAAAAGAAGUUCAACGCACGUACACACACUGCACACCUCCGAUUGGCAACGGUCGGCUACGUACGGCGCGAAAGAAGUUCGGCACACGCACGUAAGGAGACGUAAAAUACAUUCAGUUUAUUUUUUAUUUUUUUUGGCCUUUGUAUUGGCUUUAUCUGAGCAGCCGUGCAAUGGGUCGUGAAACACAGUAACGAUGGUGUCUUUGCGGAGUCUCCUCCGGUGGGCCAGAGCGCACAGGUCAGGGCCCACUUUCCUGAAUCUUUGAUCGAUGGCUCUUUCAGUUCCAUCCCUCGGCAUCGGCGCUUCCAACCGUGGGGCAGGUUUCUCAAACGAGCCGGGCAAGAUCCCGGAAAUUUAUUUUGUCCUGGGGGAAUCCGAAGAGCGAUGAAGCUCUCUUGUCACAGAUGUCCUGUGAUAUAAAUCGGCCAAUAACCCCCCGAAAUCAUCCCCACACCCCCCUCUAUCUAUCCCGCAAAGCAACAUAAAUGGGUUCUUAUUCUUAGGUGUUUUCGGUAAAGUCACGUAGGUAAAACAUUAAAAUUAAUAAAAGUAAAAUAAAAUAAUUAUUAAUUUUAAUGUUUUACCUACGUGACUUUACCGAAAACACCUAAGAAUAUGAAUCAUUGCAGUCACGAAAGCUUCAAAUCUAGAAUAAAUGGGUUCGCAAACGAGUGGGUCGAUGGGCGGAUCACGCGUGUUGGUUUGGUUGGGGAGAGAGUGUGAGUCUUCCAAACUCAUUCCGAGGCUUGCGGUCAGCCUGGAAGAGUAGGCCAAACACCCUCUUCGAGGUGCCAACCGGGGCUUUCUCUCGCGGAGACCCCUUCCGACAGAGUCAAGAAGUUGCGGGGGGCGCCUGCAGCUUUCGCCUCUAUACCGCUGAAUCGACGUGAACGUGAAAAAACUAAUGGAAUUAAAAAAAUGUAGUACAUUGUGUAACGAAAAAAUAUAUGUUUUUUGUUCCUGGGUAGUAAGUGUUAUUUUCCAAUUGCUUUAUGCCUCAAAAGUAUAGAAAAUGGCUGUUAUUCUCCACAAACUUUGCUUUUGUGACCAGGACAGUGAUAUUUUGAAAUGUACCUAUUUUCAAUGAGAAAACGCGUGCAUUUGUGUCAUUCCUUCACGUAAAGUCAACGUCACAAAAGCAAAGUUUGUGGGGAAUAACGACCAUUUUCUCUACUUUUGAGGCAUAAGCAAUUAGAAAAUAACACUUACUACACAGGAGAAAAAAACCGUGUAACAUAGUGAAUUCUUGUUAAAUCAAUUAAAAGUGAACGUAGCCGCAGGGUCGAUAUUUCCCGCGCAGCCAAAGCGGCCGAAGGAACCGGUCGCGUCCUGCGGCGCUCGACGCAUCGUAGUCUUUGCAGCGCCCGGCACAACGCCGCUGUGCCGCAGCGAGGCGUGUCACGGCAGCGCCGUGUGACCCCGUAGGGCCCACAGGUCACAGGGCACUGUGCCUAAGGGGGGCGACCUGACGACGACUGAAUGGGCCUACGAAAACAAAGAAAAUGUUGAGCAUGUGUGUUUUUUGUUCGUACGAUUAAAGCCACGCGACCACGGGGAGAGAGAGAUUCGCAAAACUACAAAUAUACAGCAGCAGGCGUCAGGGUGGGGAUCGAACUCACGACCUCCUGUAGACCAGGCGAGGUAGUUAACAUUUCCUAUCAACCGCGAUGAUGAUGAGAGAGAGAGACACGCAAACUCCAAAUAUACAGCAGGCCAGGCGUCAGGGUCAGGAUCGAACCCACGACCUCCUGUAUACCAGGCGAGGUAGUUAACAUCUCCUAGCCACCGUGAUGAUGAUGAGAGACACGCAAAUUCCAAAUAUACAGCAGGCGUCAGGGUCGGGAUCGAACCCACGACCUCCUGUAUACCAGGCGAGGUAAUUAACAUCUCCUACCCACUGUGAUGAUGAUGAUGAUUAUGAGAGAGACACGCAAAUUCCAAAUAUACAGCAGGCGCCAGGGUCGGGAUCGAACCCAUGGCCUCCUGCGGACCUUACAUGUUCAGUACUAUCCAGAUUGAGGUUAUUGUUUUUAUAAUUUGUGACGCGGAUGACGGUUCUACUUUAGCCAGCUACUGCUGUUACCCAGCUAUUUUAGGUGAGGCUGGUUCUUUUUCGACUCAACGAGACGUUGAGAUGCCGAGGACAUUCAAGAGAGCAGCCCCUAUCAAUGCAAAACGCUGCAUCGUCGUGGGCGGUAACGCUUGGCCCGUUUUUUUCAUUCAUUAAUAAUAAUUUUCAUUAAUAAUAAUUUUCAUUAAUGAUAAUUUUCCUUAAUAAUAAUUUUCAUUAACAAUAAGUAAUUCUCCACAGCAACGGAGGAGAUUCCCUGUGGAGAAAUAUGGGAAAAAAUUAAGUCUUCCGCAGACACUACUCGUGACGCACCGCUAUGCAAGAUGUCCUUGUUGGCUUCAGGGAAACGUCUACCAGCGCACGUAGUUCAAUACGCCCAGCGUUGUUACUGAAUGCAGAAUGUACGUACUCUUAGGUUUUUUUCGGUAAAGUCACGUAGGAAAAAUAAUACAAAUAGAAAAAAAAAGAAUGUACGUGCCAACAUUUCGCUCGCCGUUCAGCGUAACCGGUUUUGCUGCGAGACGAACGCCCAAUUGGUUUAACACGCGGUGAGGCUUUCGCGACAAAUAUUAUAUUAUCAAUACGCGGUUGUUUUUGUUUGUUGUUAGAUCACGUAAAUAUGAAUGUGUCGUUGCACCCGCCACCACCCGGCACACGUGACAAGCCGUGGCAAAGCUCACUAAUUGGCUGUGCCGGGUGGUGGCGGGUUUUAACGACACAUUUAAACUCAAUUGGCACAUUUUGUCCAGGUUAGAGCUUAUAUCCGUCUGCCUGUGCUGCUGUGGUGAAGGGCACACACAGCAUCAGAACACUGGAGGAAUCCGAUGAGCUAUAAAGCUCUUUUUCCCACAGAUGUCCCAGCAUGGGCAGGUCAGAACGUUUCAACAACAAACAGGGACCUUACCGGAAUUGCAUCUGCAAGAUCUGACGACCCACAAUAAAACCCAUAAUGACUCACCUACCGCCCGCUUCUUGUAGAUUGAGAAAUAUAUUUGUGUUUGUUACAUGCACAUGAAACAAAUAUGCACAACAGCUUUGAUCCCUAGUAUAGUUUAUUUUUGGGGGAGGGGUUAGAUCGCGUAAAUAUAUAAAUGUGUCGUUGAAACCCGCCACCAUCCGACACAGACAACUAGUAAGGGAUUCAUCUUCUUGGUUCUUUCGGUCACGUAGAAGGAAAGUAAUAAAAUAAUAAAAAUUAAACAUAAUAAAAUUAUUCUCACGACGUUUCGGCCACAACGCAAGCAGCCGUCCUCAGGUGAAAACCAGGUCCGUCGAGGCGACAGAGUCUGAAUGAAACAGCACACGAGCUUGGAGCAUAUAUAUAAGCUGGGCGCCUUGACAAAGGAAUUUGCAUAUCAAGAGGAAUUUAGCAUAUUUAUGGGAAAUUCAGGAAUGUGAUUAGUACUACAUAUACAUGUGCAUUAUGCAGGAUUAACAGCAUCAAAGCUUUGAAUCGAAAAAUAGUAAGGGAUUGCCACGUAAACAGAACGUGGCCAAUUCGUCACUGGUACAGCACCACCGGUUGUGUGUUGGAGAGGCAAGCCACAACA